UGGCCCAAAGAGGAGAACACAAGCUGAGACGAAAAUGGAGUUGUCCACCGCUUCCAUUGUUUUCUGGAGCUGUUUCUUCUCAGCAGCUCUACUACUUUUCCUGAGAUUGAUCAAAUUCACAAAAGGUUCAACCAAAUCUACACCUCCAGGUCCCCAAGGAUGGCCUAUUUUUGGCAACAUAUUUGAUCUGGGAACCGUGCCGCACCAGACCCUUUACAGGCUUCGACCUCAGCAUGGACCUGUUCUUUGGUUACAGCUUGGGGCCAUAAACACCAUGGUCGUACAGUCUGCCAAGGCUGCGGCUGAACUUUUUAAGAAUCAUGACCUCCCUUUCUCCGACCGCAACGUUCCAUUUACGUUGACCGCACACAACUACGACCAAGGUUCGAUGGCUCUCGGCAAAUAUGGCCCAUACUGGCGAAUGAUCCGGAAGGUAUGCGCCAGUGAACUCCUAGUCAACAAGCGGAUCAAUGAAAUGGGUUCCCUUCGGAGGAAGUGUGUCGACGACAUGAUCCGGUGGAUUGAGGAGGAUGCGGCCAAGUCAGGUGCGGAGGGAAGAGCAGGGGAAGUGGAACUGCCCCACUUCCUAUUUUGCAUGGCAUUCAACCUUAUCGGCAACAUCACGCUGUCACGCGAUGUCGUGGACAUCAAGUCCAAGGACGGGCACGAGUUCUUUCAAGCCAUGAACGGGGUCGUGGAGUGGGCAGGGAGACCCAACAUCGCUGACUUCUUCCCCUUGCUGAAACGCUUGGACCCGCUGGGGAUGAUGAGGAACAUGGUCCGAGACAUGGGACAAGCCCUCAAUUUAAUUGCGAGGUUUGUGAAGGAGAGAGAUGAGGAGCGGCAGUCUGGGAUGGUGAGGGAGAAGAGAGAUUUCUUGGAUGUGUUGUUAGAGUGCAGAGAUGAUGAGAAAGAAGGUCCCCAUGAGAUGUCAGACAACAAAGUGAAAAUAAUCGUACUGGAAAUGUUCUUUGCCGGUCAGACUACAAGCAGUACGCUCGAAUGGGCUAUGACAGAGCUACUCCGCAGACCUGAGUCAAUGAGAAAGGCCCAAGAAGAGCUUGAUCGAGUUGUUGGACCACAUGGGAAGGUUGAAGAGAGCGACAUUGAUCAGCUGCUAUAUUUGCAAGCCGUGGUGAAGGAAACUCUACGACUGCAUCCCCCAAUUCCUUUACUGCUUCCACGAAAUGCAUUACAAGACACAAACUUCAUGGGCUAUUUCGUACCCAAAAACACACAAGUCUUUGUCAAUGCAUGGGCGAUUGGAAGGGACCCGGAUGCUUGGAAAGAGCCUCUCUCUUUCAAGCCUGACAGAUUUUUGGGCUCAAAUCUAGACUAUAAAGGGCAGAAUUUUGAGUUCAUUCCAUUUGGAUCUGGACGACGGAUUUGCAUCGGUAUAUCUUUAGCGAACAAAUUGCUGCCUCUCGCUCUGGCCUCUCUGCUUCACUGUUUUGACUGGGAGCUUGGCGGCGGUGUCACUCCAGAGACCAUAGACAUGAAUGAGAGAGUAGGAAUAGCGGUGAGAAAAUUAAUACCGCUGAAACCAAUACCCAAAAGGAGGACUGUUUGAGAUGCCCAUGAAAAGGAAUAAAAUGGCUAAGUUGCUUUUGCAAUUCAGUGGAAAGGUAUUAAUGAGAAGGAUGAUGUUUUGGAGCAUAAGAUGAUAUAUCGGAGUACAGACUAGCAUAAGGGUCUGUUUCUUGUACUCUAUGUAAUCCAUUGAUCCAGCUUUGUUGGUAAUGCUAGUUACUCUUUGAUCUCCUGUCUCACGGAUCAAGCAUCCGAUCAUGGUAACUUGUAUCUGAAUUGAUUCUCUAUUUAUUUCUGCUUUUACUGUAAGCUCAGAACUUGAGUUUAA